AUGGACACCAACAUGAGCGAGCUCCUCCAAGCCCAGAGCCACGUAUGGCACCACACCUUCAACUUCGUCACCUCCAUGUCGAUAAAAUGCGCCAUCCAGCUGGGCCUGCCGGAAGCCGUCCAGGCCCACAGCGGGCCCAUCUCCCUCCCGGACCUCAUCUCCUCCAUGGGCCUCCCUCCGGCCAAAGCCCCAUACCUCCGCCGCCUGCUCCGCCUCGUGGCCAACUCCGGCUUCCUCUCCCUCCACAAACAGAACGACGACGACGUUGAACGAUACUCCCUCACUCCCGCCGGCCGCCUCCUCCUCCGCGACAACCCCUUCAACGCCGGCGCGCUCCUCCUCCUGGUCCUCGACCCGGUCCUCGUCGAGCCGUUCCACCACAUGAGCGCGUGGUUUCGGAGCGAGGAGGGAGAUGGCGACGUCGUCGAUACGACGCCGUUUUCAACGUCCCGCGGCGGCGGCAAGAUGGUGUGGGAGUACGUGGCGACGGAUCCGGAGUUUUCGAAUCUGUUCAACGACGCCAUGGCGAGGGACAGCGGCUUGAUUGCUGAGCUGGUGGUGAAGGAAGGGAAAGCGGCGUUCGAAGGGGUGGGGUCCCUUGUCGACGUGGCGGGUGGGACCGGGACCAUGGCAAAGGCGAUUGCUGAGGUGUUCCACGAGAUGACGUGUACUGUGCUGGAUCUGCCGCACGUGGUGUCCGGGCUCGUAGACGGCGGUAACGUGAAGUAUGUUGCCGGCGACAUGUUUGAGUCCAUCCCCGCUGCCGAUGCCGUGUUGCUUAAGUGGAUUAUGCACGACUGGAGCGACGAGAACUGCGUGAAGAUUCUGAGGAAGUGCAGGACGGCGGUGACGAGUGACGGGAAAGCUGGGCAGGUGAUAAUCAUAGACAUGGUGGUUGGGAACCAAAGUUUGGACGAGAAGUUGGUGGGAAUACAGUAUGCAUUCGACAUGGAAAUGAUGGUUUGCAUAUCUGGGAAAGAGAGGAACGAGGAAGAGUGGGCGAAGCUCUUCCUUGAUGCUGGAUUCAGUAAUUACCAUAUCAAUCCGAUUCUUGGCACACGGGCUCUCAUCCAGGUUUAUCCUUGA